UGGUCACUUUUCAGGAAUGUAUGAUGAAAAAAAACAGUGCAAUUGAGAGAGCUUUGCCCCUCCUGCUGGUGGUAAUGAUUACCGUGGUCACCUAAUCGUAUAUUCAGGAUGUGUAAUAACUGACAAUGACAGAUCGCUUCAAUUAUGUUCAGAACGUUUACAAGUUUGACGUCAAUAAAGUUGUUUUACAAAUGUUGGAUUUUCCCCAAAGGUAAUUUCGAAUAAAUACAGGGGAGAAGAGCUGAGGGAGCUAAAAUAUCACAGAGCUUUGAACAAGAGGAGUUCAACAUGAGACCGAUUCAAAAUUUUUACCUGCUGUUCCUGGCGAUGUGCGGAAGAGUCGCCGCUUUUCCCGUGACGGAGCUGGUGGAUGCGGCGGGGCGGUUACAGACACCCGCCCUGGGCUGUGCAACCUGCGCCCCCCUGGCGCUGCAGAUACGGAGCACAGCGGCAGCGCUGCGGGACACCCAGCUGUGCGAGUUUUUCUCCUUCUGUGACGGGGACCAGGGCUCGUUGCUCACUUACGACUUUAACCUGCCGCAGAUCCGAGCUCAGGACAGAUGUACAAGCAGCAGUUUCCACAAGGAAACAUGCCUCAGAGCAAUUGCAACAGGUCUCCAGAAAUACAACCCAUUUUUAUUAUCGGUGGAAACAUCCAUCUUGAGCUCAAACGAUCAAAUGACAUGGGUGCGAUCCAGCGCCCAGCACCUGGCCGAACUGUUAAUGCACCAGUUGAAUGUUGAGUUUGGCAUCAGUGAUGUGGGCGAGAGCGAGUUGGAGGUUUCUGUUUUUGACUCGGUGUCAAAAACAGACUGGAACAGACAAGUGAACGUGCAUGUCACCCUACGAGACUUCACCCGGUUCAUGGAGAAAUCAUCCCGAGCCCUUCGCUUCAUGAGUUCAGUAACGAAUUUGUGAACUUAGACAACAAAACCCUCAUUGUAUGAAUGUUAUAGUUCAAUAUAGGGUACACAAAUCUACAGUAAAAGUAGAUGAAUGUUGUUCUGUAAGAGAACUGAUUAGAUAAUGGAAGUGCCCUGCACUCUCAUUGUAAAGUUAAAAGCUAGAUGCUUUUUCAUUGCACCAGUUUUCAUUAUAAUAUUUGUUAAAAGAGCAUUUCAUAAGAUUGUUAGGAAAGUAUUUGAAUAUUAUUGGCAAAUCUGUGAGAUCAUUUAUCAAUUUACACUGUUGUAAAAUUAUAGAACACAGCCGAACAUCAUUUGUGUAAACCUAUAGUGACAAAAAUGUUUCCAAGCAUUCCCAAAUGGAAAUUCCCAACAAUGGUUAAACCCUGAAAACGUUUUAGAUUGUCAAUAGGUAGUGAUAAAAUAAUUUAAUAA